AUUUAGAAAUUUUGUGAGAACUCUUUGUUGAAAUUGCUGUUAGAAAUGAUUUAGAUUGAGUCUGAGUCAAAAAUAAAAGAAGGUCUAAAAGCUUUGACUAGUAUUGUGUCUGAAAUUUGGAAUUAGUGCUUGGUCUUUCUAGAAUACUUGAUAAAAGCAUAUGCUAAUAUACGCUUCAAUUUCAAAUUUGGCAAUUGCUUUUAUUAUUUUAUUACAUAUAUUAAUUAGUACAAGUUUUUGUUAAAACACGCACGUUGUUAAUUUAAUAUACACUUGUUUUACACCGCCCUUCUAGACGCCUACUACUCGCACGUGAUUAAUUUACAUACAAACUAACGUCUUCUAUAGCAACUAUGCAUCAUGACUAGGAAAGCGAUCGUAAAAUAAAUUUUAAAGAGACAUUGUCGUCCGUCAACUAUAAUGGCCACAUUGGGCUUGCAUAUAUGUAUGUAUAUAUACUUGUACAAUACGUAACUGCUUGUGUUUCUUGUCAUAAUUCUCUGAUAAAAAAAAUAAAGAGAAAUAUAUGAACACAACCAAGUUUGAUGUGUCACCUUAUUUGCUCCUCGAAGCAUCUGCAGAUUCCGAUGGCGGAGGCACCGUUCAGAUCGUGGGUGCCCUGGACGGUGGCGAAUCCAUUGUUAACGAUUAUUACACGGAUGGCGAUGAUAAGUCUUGUAGUGCCAGUUUAUACGAGACGUCUUGUGUGACGGCGACGAGUCAAAGACAUAGUUUUGAUCUAGAGGAGGAUACGGUGAAGGAAGAAAGAAUAUUCACCACCACAGAGGAAGAAGACGAGGACGGAGAAGGGGAAGUGAACAGCUAUAGAAGAUGCGGGAAAAGCCAGUUUGUUGAUUCUAGUGAGGUGGUGAUCAGUGAGAUGGACAAAAGUCGAAUGUUCUGGGAAGCUUGUCUCGCUUCUUGAUCAGUCUAUCUAUCUUGUCUCGCCAAAAAUGAGAGAGGAAAUAUCUAACACGUCGUCUAGCUUAGGCGAAAUACAUGUCUAGCAUCUUUUUUUUUCCCUUCUUUUGUGGUUUUUGCUUGUAAUUGUGCCUGUGAAUGCCCUUAUAUCCACCCAUCAGUUAUGUACAUAGAAGAGUCAAUUCAUUCUGAUGAUGUUCUCUUACAAACCAUAUCUAGCAUCUACCUAAACGGUAAGAAAAAGGGAUGGUAAGUUGUAAUAGUAAUACAAAAGACUCCAUGAAUUAGUUUGGACUAAAAA